AUGGCUUCAGUUGGUGCUAUAUUAUUGUUUCUGCCUGUUGCAUGGACAUGCUCGCCCCAAAAAGCAGACUAUGUAAUGGUGUCAUGUUUCCCCAACGCCAUCAUCGCAAAUGUCCCCGAGUGUCCGUACGGCUGGGAGAUUGAUCAGCUGUCUCUGGGUGGGGUCUGUUACUCUGGGAUACGCAGCCCGGGCUACUUCCGCUUCGUCAUCUCAGACCUGACUCCUAAAAACCACUCGUACUGCGGCACUCUGUCUGAGUACAUACCCGGCAAAGACCCCAGAUACAUCUUCUAUAACUCCAUUGUGUCCAACGAUACUUCACUCACAGUCAGAAACCAGCCGGUGAACUACACCUUCAGCUGCAUUUACCGAGCAGCUUACCUGGUGAACAACGCCGUCUUCAGCCAAAGAGUGGCUACAGUUUAUGUCAACAACGGGAGUUUAGGCACUUUUAGAUCUCAGUUGUCUAUGAGUGUGUUCACGAAUUCAAAGUUCCUGUAUGCCAGGGACGCUCCCUACGUGAUCGACACGUCUGAGAUCGGCUCUGAAGUUUUCAUGGGCAUCGAGGCAAAAGGACUAAGUAACAGAUUUAAAGUUGUAAUAAACAACUGCUGGGCCACUCCCACUCCUUACUCUACAGACAAGAAGAGAUGGAGUCUCAUCUUUAACAGCUGCCCCUCUGACACCACUGUGACUAUAUUUGAGAACGCCAAAGACAGCCGCUCCAUGUUCAAGUUCAACUCUUUCCGCUUCCAACGUCUGGAGAAGGUUUCUACAGUCUGGCUUCAUUGUGAGGUCACGGUGUGUGAUGGAGAGAGACUCAACUGUAUACCUAGCCCGUGCUCUGUGAGAAGUCCGUCAUCUGAGGCAGAACCAAGUGGAGGGAUCCUUACUGCUGAGUUUCAGCUUAAAGGCACUUCACUCUUCAUCCUGCUGCUGGUCCUGAUAAACACUUGCUGUGAUUUAGUCAAUAGAUCUGAGAUGUAGUUUUAAAAAACAUAGAAGACAAUCAAUAAAAACAAACAGAGGGAGCGUCAGCCAGGACUCAGGGAGUGUGAAAUCAUUCCUCCCUCACACUGACAUGAUUGUCUCAUUUUAUUACACAUUUAAUCUGUUAAUUAACACACCUAUCGACGCUUUGGAUUUUCUGUUUAUUCACUUUCAGUUUUGUUCCCAAUA